AUGGGUGGUCUGUGGGCACGCUUCAAAUUCACCUGCUGCAAGGAAUCAGGCGCUCCCGUGGCCACGGUGUCGCGGGGUCCUGAUUACCACUCUGUGGAUCGCUACGAAGGGUCCUACUGCCCCGAGAAGGUGGGAGCAACGGGCCGCAUCGACUACAGGCAGCAGGCUCUGAAGCCAGACACAGCACCAGCGAAGCUGACCUUCAGCGAAGACAGCGGCAAGUGGUGCAUUGACGGCGAGUGCUCGGCAGAGGGGGAUGACUUCGAGCCCAUCGGACUUCGCAUCGGCAAGCUGGAAGCCACCGCUGUGACCGACUUCGACGGAAAGUUCGAGGCAAAGGGCGUCAGCCCCGCUUCCUCUGGGUCCCCGCUGGGCGCUUCGGCCCCACAGGCCUGCUCCUUCGAGAUCUCUGGCGACGAAGCCGCGUCCACCGCGACGACCCAAGGCCACAUCAUUCUGGCUGGCACGGCUAGCGUCAGAUCACCUAGCAUCCCCGAUCCCAACCACAGUGCGCCGAAGAAGCCCAAGCUGGAGAAGUUCGAGCCACUUGGAAAGAGGGCGGAGAUGCCGAAGUAUUCCGACAAGUGCGUUGGUUACGGAGACCUUUGGAAGAAGCUGCAGGAGACCAAGCUAGACAUCACUGGGGAAGAGAUUCCGGAGACUGACGAGACUCUCGAUUGCAAGACGGUGGAGACCGAAGAGGAGGCUGCAGCCGGCUUCAAGGAGUCUCAUCCUUGUGAUCUUGCUGCUGCGAGAACCGGAAUUCGGAGCAAAUGGGCGGGAGGCGAUGGCAAGCCGAUCCCAACUGGCAUGGGCUAUGCAACUCGGCCGGCAUCUGGGGGCCGAGGAGAUGUUUCUCCACUAGUCUGUGCAUUCCUGGCUCUUCCCGGCUUUGGCUCUCCAUUCUGGAACCUUUACAUCGAAGGAGUCUCUAAGGACAAGGGCGCCAUAGGAUUGCCAAGGCUGCGGGAGGGAAGGAAGUGGCUGGAAGGAGGCUUUUCACCCGGGCUGAUCUGCGACAAAGGGACAGAAGUCAGCCAAGCCGCCCUCGCCUUCGGAAAGGAAGUCGGGGUGCACGACCAUGUCAGGAAGAUGAGGGACGACUCCAUGGGCAAAGAUUGCACGCCCAACCAAGCAAACUUCGCACGGAUCUUCUGUGACGUGCACUGCGUGCGGGAUGCUGUUGUUCGAGGAGCGGUUGCUGAAAAGUCCGGGGGCGGAUUCUACCAGGGACUACGGGACUACCAGGGAAGGCUGUGGUUCGCACCCAGUUGUGUACGUGUCCAAGCUGUGACUCUUCAUGGAUUUGCUCAAGGAGGGGAGAGUCUUCAGGAGCAGAAAUCCCAAGAGACCGCCUCGUUGCCCAAGGAGUGGGUGGCAAACACGCAGAAGGCGGACGCGGGCUGGCUUGGCGAAAAGGUGGACCACCAGACUGAGGCCAACCAGAAGCAGUUCGACGAGCUGAAGGAGAUGGUAGGCGGAGACAAGAAGCUGCUCCUUUUGAACGUGCAGCAGCAGACCCGCAAGAUCCAAUCAGAGCUGCAGGGCUUUGCCACGGGCGCCUCCUUCAGCCGCGCCGCCUCCAUGGCCGCCAACGACGCCUUUGAGAAGUUUGCAGAAGAUGGUGCCUCCUCACUGGAAGAUGCCAACAGUAGCAAGCACGUCGUUGCUGCCUUCGACAGCUUGGUGGCUUUGAAGGACAAGCUGCAGAGUGCGUCAGAUCAGCGAGAGAAGGUGGACUACGUGGCGAUGUCGGCAGUCCGCAUGGCUCGUCAGAUGCUGCCCGCAUGUGAAGAAGGGGAACGCUUUAGGACAAUGGUCUAUGAGUACCAUGCACUGCUGGUGUUUCCGAUGCAAGCAGCUUUGUGCCAGAAUAUUGCCCCCGCCCUCCCCUUGAUCAAGCUUGGCGCUGUUGGGGCUUUUGCUCUGAAGAUCCUCUGCGGUUUGAUGGCGCAUGCCCUCGGCCUUUCCGUGCUCUUGAGUUGCACAGGGCUGCUGGCCCUCCGGCUAGAUGGACCAGACGGAGAAGCUGCCGCAAGAACGCCGGCACCGUCAGAACUGGCUGCCCUGGAUCCAGAACUCGCGGCCUUGUUGACACAGGCUCUGGCCAUGGAGGCCUCGAGACCCUCGAGACCCUCGAGAAUUGCAGUGAGAAAGAAACUCGAAGCAGACCUGGAGGCAAAGAAGAGGAGACAGAUGGAGGACACCCUGAAGGUGCUGAAGCGGAGUGCCAAGAAGGUCUCCUGGGGGGAGACGGUGACUGCGGCAGAGCUUCAGGCCCAGAUUGAAGCCGACUUGGGGACCUGGCUUUCGGCAGAGCCGCCGAAAGAGGCUGCGAAGCCCAUAGGGCCCAUAGAGCCGCUUCUAGAGCCCAUAGAGUAUGCCAUAGAGCCCUUAGAGUUCUGGGAGCCCCUGCAACUGCAAGGGCUGCAAGGCCCGCAUGCCUCUAACUGGCUGAAAAGGCUCCCAGGAUCAGUCUCUGAGAGGUCUCGGGAGAGUUGCCAGGCGCAGCUGGGCCGCCUGAGACGAGGCCUCGAAGAGAGGUGCAAGGGCAUCAAGAUCUACAAGAAAAUGCACAGUUACCAACAUCAAUAUGGCAACGAGAACAAGACUUGUGAAGAGAGUGUGAACGACGUGCUGCUUUCCGGGCGUGAGUAUGUUUGGGCCGCCCAGAGUCCAAAGAUCUCUCUCUUUCUGCCAGAGAGGACGAAGCGUGUGAUUGGGUCCUGGGGCUUUAUGAGGCAGUGGAUCCUAAAGCUCGCCACGGGAGAAGCGGAGGGGCUUCUCUGGGCGGGCUUCUGGGAAGCCGACACAACCGGACGAGCCAGCAUGAGCAGGCUCUCCGACUUUGCAAAGCUCACGGACCACCAAAUUCUCCAUCCCUCGACGCAGCUCGGGCAAGUCAUCGCAGACAGUGGGGAGCUCAGCGAGUGCAAGGACAGUCGCACAGCUCCGGUCGUUGACAACCUCUGGGCAGUUGCCAGCAUGUCCUUUGUGCUGGGCAUGCAGACUUCGGGUCAGAGCAGUGUCGUGGCUUUGGUCAACAAGAGAAUGGACGGCGCUCGUCCGCUGAAGGAUUCCGUGCUCGCUCGGUACGAGAUUCCCACCAUUGGGAUGGCGAUUUGGGGGUGGGGCUGGAGCCCCCAAAUCAUAUUGCUAGAUCUUCAGGGCACCUGCAACGAGACCAGCCCCUUCCUGCGAGGACGCCUGUCUUCUAGUUUGGAGUUUGCUUGGGAGGGCCGCCAGACUGGUUACGGUUACACGCUGCACGACUUUGCUACAAGCGCCGUUCCUACUUGGAGAUGUAUUAACUGUGGCACGAAUUCUGGCUGCGAGCUUGACCAGCACCUGGCCGACGAGGUCAUUCGGCCCCUUUUGCAGGUGAAGAGAUGGCAGGAUGAAACUGGCAAGAAGCUCGUGGAUGCUGCACGACGCCUUGACGUCGCUGAGGUGACGAGGCUGCUAGCCCCGCUAGCCAGCGAAGGAGUUCGGGCACCCGACGUGGACUUUCAUGCAAACUACGUGGGUGCCCCGACAGCGCUGUACUGGGCGGUCCUUCACGGACACGAGGAGCUGGUGCGGCUCUUACUCGACAAGGGCGCCGACCCCAACUUGAAGGACGACCAUGGGCGGACACCGCUCUUCUAUGCAUCGGGGAAACUUUGUGUCAUAGUGAGGAAAGGACAAGUGGAGGUGGUGAGGCUGCUUCUGGCCCAUGGGGCUGACCCCAACAUUCAGGAUGCGGCUCAGAAAACGCCUCUGAGCAGAGCUGCGAAGAAUGUCACAGAGCUGCUGUUGGCCAAUGGUGCCAAGCCUGCGAAGCCCUAUAAGAAAGCCGACUUUGCAGAGCUGCGUCUGCGGCACCACAGGGCUGCAGAGAGGGCCGAGAGGGCCCAGUGCCCCCGAGUCCUCGCCUGGUACUGCCGCGUGUCCCUCGGCUUUACACCAAGCACGACUGCGAUUGCAAUUGUUGUCUUUGACGUUGUUGCUGCCGGCGUCGUCGUCACAGGCGUUUGGUGGAAGAUUCGCAAUGUACUGGACGACUACAUGGAAGACGCAGGGAGCGAGAUCGACGGCUACGAGGCUGGGUCUCACGCGCUGUCGCAGUACGAGCAGUGCUCCAUGGACUUCACCAGCCUGCUGUCCAUCUACAAGCAGACCAUGGCAACGACGGAUCGGGCGCACAGGUCCUUGAAGAAGACCUGGCGACACGCCUCCAACCUUCUCGGCGAGCUUGCCUCGCACCUGGAGGACGGCGAGGCGUUUGUGACCUUCCUGCAACAAGAAGGCUGCCAGUCUCCAUUGGCCUUCCAGACGCUCGAGCAAGCUCGCGACGCCACAAGUGGUAUGAGGAUGCUGUACCACCGGUUUGCAGUAUCGGGACUACCCGCGCCAAGUGUCGAGCUCAUGGGGAACACGGCUCCUUUUAUGCAUUUUAAAGUGUGUUUGGGUAGUCGGGAGUAUGAAUGUGGGUUGCAUCGUAGCAAUUCGGGCUUCUGCAAGUUGUCUUUUGUGUAG